AUGAAGAAUGACCGUGAAGAGUUCUACUACAGUGGCACUCUGACAGCUCCCCUUGGUUCACCCAACUCGCACCUCCUCAUCAGUACUCAAUCAUCCUUGUUUGACUGGCCAGUUCGGAGUGACACUUGGUCUGAAAUCCAGCUUAAUGAUACACGCAUAGAACAGAUUGUGGAAUACAAUUACCAUUAUAGGAUCUACACUUUGCAGCUAGCCCCUCAGCUUGGUCUACAGGAGAUAAAAACUUUGUGGUGGGAUGGCAUGGAUGAAUGCCCAUAUUUAAUACCAUGGCUAGUUGUGUGUGGCGACAUGCUUCUCAUUGUUGAUCAUUGCAUCAACUUAUCAUUGGGAGCACCAGUGACCUAUAAACCCUACCGCCUCGAUAUCUGUACCAAGCCGGCAAAAUGGGUGGAGGUAAAGAAGCUGGAAAAUUGGGCACUCUUUGUUGAGGGUGAUGUGAGGAGCACACCAUUUUCUUGCAUGAGCCCAGAACUAUGGGGAGGUAGGAUGAAUUGCUUGUACUAUGCCCAUUACUCUGAACCUUGCAACAUACAUGGGUUUGGUGAUGAGGCAGAUGCUGUGUGGGAUCCGUCGACCAAUCCUGACCUUUUGUACAAAAGAAACUGGUACCGCCAGCUGCAGGCCCUCUGGGUGUAUCCAAGUGUGUUCUAUUCUGAUAGCGAAUGA